AUAAAGAAGGCGGUGCCGAAAAGAGCUAGAAGUGACUAUACUUGUGAUGUUAGGACACGUCAUGGUGGGAGUUCUUCAAAGUCCAAUGGUGGCUUUGGCAGAGGUGCAGCUGAAUAUGGAGGUGGUGGAUACGGUGGGAAAAUGAGCAGACAAUCUGGUCCCUAUGAUGGGUAUGGUGGUUAUGGCAGUUAUGGUGGGGGAAACUACGGUGGUGGAGCCUAUGGUGGCUACGGUGGAUAUGGCUAUGGUGGAUUUGGGUUUUGGGGGCCUAUGUAUAAUAAUACCGGUGGUUAUGGAGGUGGUGAUUAUGGUACCCCUGGUGGUUAUGGUGGGGGCAGCGGUAGCACUGGGUAUGGUGGUGGUAAACGUUAUGGAGGUGGUGGUGGUGCUGGGUAUGGCGGCAGCCGGCAGUGGCGGCAAAGGAUACGGAGGUGGUGCUGGGUAUGGUGGUGGUGGGGGUAAAGGAUAUGAUGGCGGUGGUGGGUAUGGCGGCAGCGGUGGUAGAGGAUAUGGUGGCGGCGGCGGUGGCGGCAGAGGAUACGGUGGUGGUGGUAGUGGAUAUGGUGGCAAUAAAGGAUAUGGAAAUGGUGGUGGUGCAAGCGGAAGGUUCCAUCCUUACAAGAAGUGAAGU